AUGAGGUUGAUAUACGCGUUAGUGGUGGUCGUCGUCGCGAUGUGCGGCAGCGUUUCGUUUGAAGAGGUGGCUCGGAGAAUAGCAAACUCGCAGACCAACAACGUCCCAAAACGAGCUCAAGUCCUCAUCAACCUCCUCGGGACAGGCCAAUUAGGGCGGCCGCUGUUUUUCCGCGAAUCCAAACGGGACGAGAUUCGCCGGACGUUUCACGAGCCCGUGCCGCCCAAGCCAAGGACGGUGCAGGGCGUAGUAGAGGGGUUGGUGUGGUCUGCAGCGAGUGGUAUUUCUUCCCUCUGGAAACGACGCACUCCUGAUAAAAAGUGCCUCAUUCUCGCUGCUCCAGACACGCAGCUGCCGAUGCAGCAGCAGCAGCAACAGCAGCAGCUGGUGUCGUCAUCAGCGGACGUGCUCAAGGAGUGGCGGGCGGAGGAGGUGCAGGAGGCCAUCCCCAUCGUCUUCGUGACCAGCCACGUGCCCAACGAGCCUCACCACCCCGCCCUGGUGGUCAUUGAACAGGCGCGGAGUCUGAACGAUUUGGUGUACGUGGUGGGGCCGAAUCCCAACCUCAAGCAUCUGGCGGCGCUGGGGGUGACCAUUGAGGGGCGCAACGAGUACAACGACACGUGCGCGUGGCUUGCUCGCAAUAUGGGGGUGACACGAAUAGAGGUGGCGCGUCCAUGGAUCCUCGCGGCCUUCAUGGAGCGACACAACUUCUCCCGAGUGCUCUCGCUCUCCAUUGACGUCAUGCUCUACGCCAACGUCUCCCAGAUGGUGGCAUGGAUGUACCCAUCAUCCAAGAUGGUGCUGCCAGUGCGGUGGCCCUCCAUGCAACCGCCUCCUCUCCCCUCACAGUACACUUCAACCGCAGUCUCGAACCAUGCAGCCCUGUGGCACAUCGACGCCCUGAAGGACUUCCUGGCGCUCUACAAGCAGAUCUGGUCCAUGGCGCUGUUCGGGGGGCGUCCAGGUUCGGCGCACCUGAUGCGCAAGAAGGAGUACAGCGAGAUGACCAUGUUGGGGUGGUACACGUGGAGCGAGUGCUGGACCAAUGAUAAGCUCGACCCGCCCUGCAUGGCCGAGCCUGUUACUGGCGUCAGUGCCAAGCUGGCCUACCGCCUGAGGCGCACGCGCUUCCGCCCUAGGUUCCCCGUGCCGUCGCUGUGCCUCCUGCCCCCUGUCUCUCGUCCAACUAUUCCCCAUCACCCCAACCCCACCCCAACCAGUGCCAAGCUGGCCUACCGCCUAAGGCGCACGCGCUUCCGCCCCAAAUUUCUUGUAGAAUCUCUGUGUCAGCCGCGGGCGUGCCACAACUCCUCGUGGUCAGACGAGGGGCUGUGCGUGUGGGACAACAACUUCUCCGUCGCCACGCCCUCGCACUUCUUCCGCUUUGCGCCCACGCGCGGCGACAAGUGCCCCAGCAGCAAGCUGUAUGAGCACUUCCAUGCGUGGAUGGGGCAGGUGCCCCGCAAGAACGUGCAGUUUCUGGCUGUGAACUUCCAGGUGAGAAGUUGGGAUGGUGAUGGCUAG